AACGUUUCAUUACUUUCUUCUUCUCUUCACCGGCGGUGGUGAAACCUUUUAUUGCUGAUCCCCAACCCUAAAUAAUACCAGAUUGUUCUGUAGUUCUCCGUCUAUCUGGGAUUGAAUUCUCCCAAUAAACAAUCCUUGUUUCUACUUCCUUAAUAAAGUCAAUCAAUUUUGCUAGUGUUUUUAUCAAAUUAGCCUUUUCUUCUUUUUUUGGGGGGAAACCUGAAACAAAGCAGUAAAGAUGGUGUUAGCGCAAUUAGGAUCGAGCAUCUCGCGUGCUCUUCAGCAGAUGAGCAAUGCGACAAUCAUCGAUGAAAAAGUUCUUAACGAAUGCCUCAACGAGAUCACCAGGGCUUUGCUUCAAGCCGAUGUUCAAUUCAAACUUGUCCGAGAUAUGCAGACUAAUAUUAAAAAGAUCGUCAAUCUGGAUGACCUCGCUGCUGGUCACAAUAAGCGUAGGAUUAUCCAGCAGGCGAUAUUUAAUGAGCUCUGCAAGAUGCUGGAUCCCGGAAAACCUUCAUUCACCCCUAAGAAAGGCAAAACGAGUAUCGUAAUGUUUGUAGGAUUGCAAGGGUCGGGCAAAACUACUACAUGUACAAAAUACGCGUACUACCACCAGAAGAAGGGCUGGAAACCUGCUUUGGUAUGUGCUGAUACAUUUAGGGCUGGUGCUUUUGAUCAGUUGAAGCAAAAUGCAACAAAAGCUAAAAUCCCCUUUUAUGGAAGCUACAUGGAGUCAGAUCCGGUUAAAAUAGCAGUUGAAGGUGUUGAAAGAUUCAAGAAGGAAAACUGUGAUCUUAUAAUUAUUGACACCAGUGGACGCCACAAACAGGAAGCAGCCCUUUUUGAAGAGAUGCGUCAAGUUUCCGAAGCAACUAAUCCAGAUCUUGUUAUAUUUGUCAUGGAUAGCAGUAUCGGUCAGGCAGCUUUUGAUCAAGCCCAAGCAUUCAAGCAAAGUGUUGCAGUUGGAGCUGUUAUUGUUACUAAAAUGGAUGGUCAUGCAAAGGGAGGUGGUGCUCUUAGUGCGGUUGCAGCUACUAAAAGUCCUGUCAUAUUUAUUGGGACUGGUGAACAUAUGGAUGAAUUUGAAGUUUUUGAUGUAAAACCAUUCGUAAGCCGUCUUUUAGGCAUGGGUGACUGGUCUGGCUUCAUGGACAAAAUUCAUGAAGUUGUCCCAAUGGAUCAACAGCCUGAGCUGCUUCAAAAGCUUUCUGAAGGAAAUUUCACAUUGAGGAUUAUGUACGAGCAAUUCCAGAACAUACUGAAAAUGGGACCAAUUGGACAGGUAUUCUCAAUGCUCCCAGGAUUUAGUGCAGAGUUGAUGCCAAAAGGUCAUGAAAAGGAAAGCCAGGCAAAGAUCAAACGCUACAUGACAAUGAUGGAUUCAAUGACGAACGAAGAGUUGGAUAGUUCCAAUCCCAAGUUAAUCAAUGAAUCACGGAUAAUGCGGAUAGCAAGGGGGUCUGGUCGUCAAGUAAGAGAAGUGAUGGAAAUGUUCGAAGAGUACAAGCGCCUUGCCAAGAUCUGGAGCAAGAUGAAAGGACUCAAAAUCCCAAAGAAGGGAGAAAUGAGUGCCUUAUCUCGAAAUAUGAACGCUCAGCACAUGAGCAAAGUUCUCCCACCUCAGAUGCUGAAGCAGAUUGGUGGGAUGGGAGGUCUGCAAAACUUGAUGAAGCAAAUGGGCUCGAUGGGCUCUGCUAAAGAGAUGAUGGGGAUGUUUGGAGGUGGAGAUAAGUAGUUCCUUUGCAUCUUGGACAAAUGGGUGACUGAUCUGUCUUCACAUGCUAAGUGGUUUUAGUUGAGAGGACGGCCAUUGUGACUCUGAAGCACCUGGUCGUCUCUUGUUACUCUCUGCGCAUCAGUUUUUGAUAAUCACGCAAGGGUGAUGGAGUAAUUGAAUUUUUAAUGACGGAAGGAUCUCCCUGUUUUAUACCUCUGUAGCAACUGGGUUUUCAGUUUUGUAUGUAUUUAGUGGAAAGCUUUUUUUUUUGGCCCCAUGGAAUAGGUUUAGAUUAUUUUGGUCUGAUACCUCUUUAAAGUUAAGAUGUGUCUCAACUUUUCUUUUUCAAUUACUAACAUGUAGAACAUUCAAUGAAGUAAGGAUGCCUGCAUGCGGUCUCUUCAGUUAA